GAAUAUUAUUAAAAUGUUAUACAUUAUAUUGUGGUGAAUUUUCUGAUAAAAUACAUUAAUUUAAGGCGACUUUACUACCUGGCAACGCUACUUUCGACGGAAUCGUUGACGAGAGUACAAAAUGGCGCCUUGAUUAACGUUAUUUUUAUCAUUGAAUAUUUUAGAUAUUUGUAAAUAUGUCCGAAGAGGGGAACUCUCAUUCUUCCGCUUUGUUUCCAGCCUAUAGCGGCAUUGUUCCCGAAAAUAAGUGUGAAAAUUUACAACAAGGAAAUGAUUGGCUUGUUAACAGUAGUUAUACUCCUGCCUGUGAAGAGACUUUAUUAUCAUUUCGCCAAGAAACUGUUCAAAUAAGUGAAGAUGAAAUUAAGAAAGAAGAAUGUGAUGUUAAGGAAGCUGAGACCGAAAAAUCUACAACAAAGUAUCAAAAGUCAAAGAAGGAGUCGAAGUCUUCAUCUAAAAAGAAACAUAAAAAGCAUAAGAGAACAAAAUCAUCGAGGGUAGAAGAUUUAGGAGGAAGGCCUGCAGAAAGUGUUUAUGAAAUUUUAUCAAAGAAAAUAUUCAUUGAGGAGACUGGACUUGCACCUGAGCAUGCUUAUCGCAUCGAUUGCAAAUCUGACAAACAAAAUCUUGCUUUUAAUACUUUCUAUCAUAAACACACGGCAACAUAUUUCAGUGAUAAUAAAAUUCCGCUUGGUUUAACAGAAUUUGAAGAAAGUAGAAUGAUCAUUAACUCUUUAAAGAGGAAGAAGAAGAAAUUAGCACGAUAUUGGAAGAAAAAUAAAACAGAAAUGCUACAAAACAAUGAUAUUUUAGACUUAUCAAAACCAUUAAUAAUUGAUACUCAUGAUGCCAAGCCUUAUAUUCCUAUUGAACUGUCGAUAAAUGAAUUAAAAACAGCUUCUAAAAUUGAUAAUACACAAAUAAAUUCUCUUGGAAUAUACGAUUCUGCCACCGAAUUAUAUAUUCAAGGAAAAGCUUCAGUUAGUAAAGAAGCUGGAAGUGGUGGUGAUGAUUUAAGUGGUAGCUCUUACAGAUCUGCUGUAGAGCAGUAUUUAUAUGCAAAAACUGAAGAAUUUAAUAAAGCCUUAAGAGAAGAUCCAACCAAUGAGCAAAAAUGGAUAGAUUUUGUUGCCUUUCAAGAUGAUGUUACUAGCAAAGAACAGAUGAAAUACUCACAAAGAAGUGGAUGCUUGGAAAAGAAAGUUUCCAUUAUAGAAAAAGCAUUAACUCAUAUUCCAAAUUCUUUACCUCUUGCAAUUUUGAAACUUGAAAUCUGUCAAGAUCUAUGGGAAAUAGAUAAACUUCUAAAUGAAUGGAAGCAGUUAUUGUUCUACCAUCCUAAUAAUACAUAUCUCUGGCAGCAGUACAUACUUUUUGUCCAGUCACACCUGUCAUAUUUUACAGUCUCACGGACUUGUAAACUGUAUAUAAAAUGCAUCGAAACAUUAAAUAAAAUCUUGUCGGGAACAUUUCAAUCUCAUCAGCCGUCUAAGAAUUUAGAAGAGACCAUUUUGGAUAUUUUCUUCCAGUACUGUACAUUUUUAAAUCAGUGCGGUUAUACAGAAAAGGCCAUAGCAACAUUUCAAGCCUUAAUUGAGUUUAAUAUGUUUCGUCCAAGAGUUCUCCCCAAAGAAACGACAGAAGAGGACCUCAAGACUUUUUUUGAACCUUUCUGGGAUAGCGGUGCACCGCGGUUUGGAGAAGAAAAUGCCCCCGGGUGGGAUAAAGUCUUUAUGGAGAAGAAAUUAACUUUUCACAGAAACGAAUCCUCAAUAGAUAUUAAUUUGAAGGAAGAAGAAAUUCUAGAAAAUGCCAGUUCAAAGUCUCACGUAUGGAUUGAAUUUGAAAACUUACGCGAACAGCAUCACUGGCUGCCUUGGAGUCCAAAUCUAGAAAACAAGGAAGAUGACUGUGAAGAUCCGGAUAGGUCAAUUCUGGUUGAUGAUGUCAGUGAUGCGUUGUUUUCUUUAAAAUCUGAAAAGCUGAAAUUCCUGUUGAUUGUUCAAUUUCUUAGAUUUCUAGGAGUGAAAUUUGAAGAUUACAAUAGGACGCCUUACUGCAAUAAAGACUUUUUAAACCAAAUAUUUAUCGAAAGUCCAGCAGAAGUACAUCCAUUUUUACAUAAUGAAAUGUCUUCAUUUGGUUGUACAGAUUAUCAUGCUAAUUUAACACUUCUAACGAAUCAACAGAGAUUUAUAUCUUUAAUAAAUCGAUUAUUCGAGCAGUCCAUUAAAUUAUUUUCUUUUGACUACAAACAGUUUUUGACAUUUCAUUGGAUCAAGUUUAAUAUUAGACAACUUCAAAACACUGCUGACAAAUCUAACUAUAAGCAAGAGUUGAAGAAAAUUAAAAAACUUAUUAAAAAUUUAUUAAAGGAAGAAAUAAAUCGAAAUAAUUUAGAUCUGUGGCAAGAAUAUGCUAGACUGGAAUGGUUGGAUGGAAAAUUUAAAGAGUCAGAAAAUGUCUUUCAGACAGCAAUUUCUUUAAGUAAUACCUUUCAGAUAAAUGAAGCUAGUUUAUGGAAAUUUGUACAGACUUAUGUUGAGCUGCAAUUAGGAAUACAUUCAAUAGUUAGUUUUGGAAUAGGUAAAUUAGAAGUAGCAGAAGAAAAGAAGGCUAAGUCACUUUACAUGCUGUGCUUCUUAGGAAUGGAUUAUCCAUAUGUAUCUAAGUGUGUAAAAAGUUUAACAGAAAUUCCAGCAACGACAAUUUUGAAGGCUCGAAGUGGAUUUCAGAGGAUUAUAGAAUUAAAAACAAACAGUAUGACAGAAAAUAGUGAUGAAUUUGUGAAACCUUCGGAUUUAGCAACAAGAAUCUCGUGUUUUGCGUAUUUUCAAUAUCUAACUUGCGGAAUCUCAACUGUAGAAAAUUUGUAUGAAAAUAUUAUCAAAGUAUUAGCUAAUUCAUCCAAUGAUAAUUGUUAUAAAAAGGAAAUAGAAGCAAUAUUUGCAUCAUAUCUGCAGUUGUAUACCUUCCAUUCUUCAAUAGCAAUUGUUUCACUGAAGAAAAUCCGGCCAAUUUUAUCAAAAACACUUGAUACUUUUCCUGAAAAUCCCUAUUUUUUAUGGUUAUUUUUGGACUUAGAAGUCGGUUCUGGAAUUGCCAAUUAUUUUCGAAGAUAUUUUACCAAAACUCUAAAACAAGAAUCAAAAGUUUCAUUAAUGCAAUGGUUGUUUGCUAUUAUUGCCGAAUUAAAGAGAUAUUUUAAACUAUAUAAUGUAGAGCAGCUUGAUAACUUAUGUAUUUCUGAAACUGGUUUGAGUUGGAAAAUUCGUUCUUUAUUUGAAAAAGCUGCUACAAUGUCAAAACUGUCGCAUUCUGUUUUGCUGUGGAGAAUGUAUAUAAGAUUUGAGUUGCAGCAAGGUGAUAUGAGAAGAACUAAAGCUGUGUUCUAUCAAGCUAUUAAACAGUGCCCUUGGGCAAAGGUAAUUUACAUGGAUGGUAUUAAGUGUUUUCCAACAGACAUACAAGAAAUUCUGGACACCAUGAUGGAAAAAGGAUUGAGAAUAAGAACACCUCUUGAAGAGAUAGAAAUACUACUCGAGCAUCGACAGAAAACUGAAUUGAAAGAUUUGGAAGAAUCGUCAGCAGUGAAAACUGAAGAAUUACAGGAAAUGGCAGAAAAAGUUGAAGAGAUGGUAACAGAUACUUGAUAUUGUGUAAAUUUGUUGUAAUAUUUGUACAUAAUUAAAUGUUUUAUA